AUGGUUUCCUGCCCUCAUGAGUUUGCACUCCAGAAGGAGAGACAAGGAAUUAAGGAAAUAAGCAAAUUGUUAAAUGUGCUUACAAAUCACAGUAAGAACGAUGAAGAGGACCAAUUUUCAUGGCUCUUUGGUGUAAGCCCAAAGGUCCGCAAGGUGUUGCAGCUGCUCUGUCUUCGUCAGAUCUUCAAUGGCACCUUUGUUAAGCUCAACAAGGCUUCGAUUAACAUGCUGAGGAUCGUGGAACCAUACAUUGCAUGGGGGUACUCCAACCUGAAGUCAGUAAAGGAGCUCAUCUACAAGCAUGGCUAUGGCAAAAUCAAUAAGAAGAGAAUUGCCUUGACGGACAAUUCCUUGAUUGCAGGGUCUCUUGGUAAAUACCGCAUUAUCUGCAUGGAGGAUCUGAUCCAUGAGAUCUACACAGUGGGGAAAUGCUUCAAGGAAGCCAACAACUUCCUGUGGCCCUUCAAACUGUCUUCUCCACGGGGCGGGAUGAAGAAAAAGACCACUCACUUUGUGGAAGGUGGCGAUGCUGGCAACAGGGAAGACCAGAUAAACAGGCUUAUUAGACGGAUGAACUAAGGUGCCUGUGGUAUUUUUGUAAUCU